AUGGCGCACCAACAAAGAUCCAGCAUAAGCCGCUCUCGAGCUUCGCAGCGUUCCAUGCGCCGUCUCCCAGUGCCGGCGCUCUCCAUGUCGCUCCGCAGUCGCCGGGCGGAGCACCCGACAAUUACUCUAGGGCUUGCCCAACUGGACCGGUAUCACGACCGAGCUGAGAAGGCUUUGAGGGACACCAUCGCUGCUUAUGGCACAUCCAAGCAAGAUAGCGACCCGACACAAUGGAAAUGUCUUCGAUCACGACGCGGGGUUCGGCUAUUCCGUGGUCGUUUGUCUACACCUUCAGGACAGACUCCUGUACUGUGUGUUGGAGCACUACGCGGUAGCUUCGACGACAUCAUGGAGGGGAUCUACUGCCAGAACACAGAGGAGAUGCUGCUUAUGAACGCCAUCAAGUGUCCGAGGCUAGCAGAGAGCGCGGUUCUCUUUACGGUUCAGCGACAAACAGUGUGUGAGCCAUACGCCUUCACGGGCGUCAAGUGGACAACUCUCAAGCUGUCGGUAGCAAGCAACCGAGACUUGUGCUACUUCGACAAGAUGGGGCUGGUGCGCCAGACCUCAGGGAAGCGGAUGGCUUACCAUGUCAUGCAGUCGGUGGAUCUACCUGAAUAUCCGCAUAAGUCCACGCACAAGCGUGUGCAGGCGUCGCUCUGCUACGUGUUUGAAGAGCUGGAGGACGAUCUGGUGGGCGUCUACAUGCAAGGUGAGAUGGACCCCGCAGCGUUGUCGUAUUUCUCCACUCCGGCAGUAUCAGAUCUGCUACUGGCAGUCGCCAACGCGAUGGAGUGCACUCGAGCCAAGAAACUCGCCGAAAUUAUGGCCGUUGCACCACCUGGACGCUGGGGACGACGGUCUCCUCGAAGAUGCUGCGACGUGUGUCGAGGCAGCACGUCGUUCUUUGAGAGUCUGCAGGAAUGUGCAGGUUGCAGCUUCAAAUACGUCUGCAGAAAGUGUCGACUGAAGGAGAAUGUCCUCGCACGUGACACAGCAUCGAGCUCGCAUCUGAUGCGAGCGGAGUUCUGCCGUGUCUGUAUCUCCAAGAUGGACUCGACUUCCAUUGACAAACUGCGGGCGGAAGCUAGUGGCUUCACUAUCACUGGAGGACGUACAGCAAACAUGAACGCCGCGUUCUGCGAAGUCGAGGAGGAGCCUGAAGACGUGGAUAUUCCAGGAAGCGACCGUUCUUUAACCGCCUUCACACUCAAGAUCACAGCGCAGUUGCAGGACCUCAGCAGCCGCAGCGACAUCCGCGCCUCCUCCAACUUGUCGUCCAUGGAGAAGGUGUCGAUUUCAGAGGACGAAGACGAUGACGCGCUGCUGGGUGAAUAUCGAGACGUGCUCAACUCGAUUGGAAAGAAGAGCAAUCAACUCGUGCCGCUCGACAAGGACGCGAUGGACACGUCGCGUCGUAGUUCCCGCUCGACGACUUCGACGGCAUCGUCCUCGCUCUAUCAAGAUGACGGCGACGCGGAACAGUACCGGACGUCGCUAUUCGCGCGGCUGAUACAGGUAUCGAACCAGGCGGAGGAAACGUUCCACCUCACGCAAGAGCAGUCGCUCAUUGCGAACUCCGUCUUCCAGCGCAACCGCCGGUGCACGCAGGCGUCCGACAGAUCCGUCUACAGUCAGUAAGUAGUGCAGCCAUUUUAUGACAUCCUGGUUUUUUUCUGGUAAA